AUGGAGGAGGUGGUUGUGCUCAUCGUCGGCGCCGGCCCGGCAGGGCUGGCCACGGCUGCAUGCCUUGGCCGGUGCUCCGUCCCCUACCUUGUCGUUGAGCGUGAGGACUGCAGCGCGUCGCUGUGGCGCCACCGCACCUUCGAUCGCGUCAAGCUUCACCUGGCCAAGGAGUUCUGCGCCCUGCCGUACAUGCCGUACCCGGACGGCACCCCAACCUACGUCCCCAAGCAGGAGUUCAUCAAGUACCUCGACAGCUAUGCCGAGCAUUUCUGCAUCAAGCCCAGGUAUUGCACUUCUGUCGAGUCAGCAGCAUACGAUGAGGGAGCUCGCCGCUGGGUCAUCGCGGCACGCGACACGGUCGCCGGCACGGAGAUCCAGUACGUGGUGAGGUACCUGGUCGUGGCCACGGGUGAGAAUGCCGUGGGUAGGAUCCCGGAGAUCCCUGGGAUAGAGAGCUUCCCCGGGGAGGCUACUCACUCCUCGACCUACAAGUCAGGAGGCCGCUAUGCUGGUCAGAGGGUGCUCGUGGUUGGCAGUGGCAACUCAGGAAUGGAGAUCGCCUACGAUCUUGCAAGCCACGGUGCCGACACCUCCAUUGUUGUUCGUAGCCCGGUUCACAUAAUGACCAAGGACUUGAUCCGCUUGGGAAUGACAUUGGUCCAACAUAUACCGAUUAAAAUAGUGGAUCUUCUUUUAGUGACUAUAGCCAAUUUCACUUUUGGGGAUCUCUCAAAGCAUGGCAUUGUGAGGCCUAAAACUGGCCCUCUCCUCAUGAAAUCAAAAACCGGUAGAUCUCCUGUAAUUAAUGUUGGGACAGUAGGGUUAAUCAAGAAAGGUAUCAUCAAGGUGUUUGGGGAAAUAUCGAACAUCAUUGGAAACAAAGUCGAAUUCGGAUGUGGGAAGGAAAGUUACUUCGACGCCAUCGUGUUUGCAACAGGCUACAAAACCACUGUAAAUUUGUGGCUCAAGGAUGACAAGUGCAUGCUCAACAGUGAUGGAUUUCCUAAGAAAGGUUACCCCAAUCACUGGAAAGGUCAAAAUGGUCUCUAUUGUGCUGGUUUUGCAAGGAGAGGAUUGGCUGGUAUUUCCAUGGAUGCUAACAACAUUGCCAAUGACAUCGUUUCUGCUGUAGACUUUUUGCCUGAUUAA